AAAGUCUGUGCGCCCGGGCAGUCUCUUUCUUUCUGUUCAUCAGCUUGGAAUGACGGGAAAAUCCGCGCCUUCGUGCCCGCUACGGGAGAGCCAAUGUACGAGAUCAACAACGCCCAUAACCUGGGAGUGACGGCAAUUGCUGCGACCAGCGACUGCAAACAGAUCAUUAGCGGAGGAGGUGACGGGCAGGUGAGGAUCUGGAAUAUUGGUGAGAAAACCCAGAAGCUGAGGGGAGUUCUGAAGGAGCACAGAGGUGCCGUGUCCUGCAUCAAGACUAAUAAGAACGACAAAGAGGGUGUCACAGCCAGCCUGGGCGGAACGUGCGUCAUCUGGGAUCUUGAGCAAGGCGACAGAUUAGUAUUGCGAAGGCACUUGGAGUGCUGGUAAUAUCUGUAGGGUCACUGUGCCCGGUUUGGGACACCACAGAGCGAGGAGGAGGGGAAAAAGAGCAUGAAGAGAUAAAAACUUCUAGAAAGAACAAUCGGGUCAGGGAAUGUAGAACCUCCAAUUCGAGAAGCUUUUCAGAAAAGCUCAGACAAACCUUUGUCUGCGGUUGUUUUCCUGUGCGGGAUCCUGCUUGGCCAAGGUGGAGCGGGUGAGUUCCCAAGUUUCCCACUAGCUCUGUUUUCCAGAACUUUGUGACUCGUGUCGAGCUCUUGCGGAUCUGCAGACUUUCUGCACUGGGGUAAGGCCGAGGACACCUUGGCAUAGGGAACAGCACCUGGAAAGCAUUCUGGGUUUAAACAUUUCAUUUCGUACGACAGCAGAUCAAGAGUCCUACAGGGCAGCUGUGAUGGAAACAGAACUGAUAGCCUAACGGGCUUCAUGGAACCCUGAACUCAGAGCAGUGCCUGAGAAUAUCCAAGGAGAGAGAUCUGAUGUACAGCACAGGCAGAGACAUUCCAGGCAGGCAAAGUUUGGGUUUUGAUGCUGUUGCUCUGUCUCAUUUUGGGGUGUUUUGCAGGCGUUACGUGAGAAAACAAAUGAUCCUAGACAACACAUUGUUCAAAUGCGUGUGUUACCAUCGCGGAGAGUACCAGAUAAUCACCAGUGGAACAGACAGAAAGAUCGUGUACUGGGAAGGGCUCGAUGGCUCCGCAAUCAGAGAAGUGCAAGGCUCUCUGUCGAGCUCCAUCAACGGGAUGGACAUCACAGCGGACGGGGCGUCCUUUGUCACAGGUGGUGACGACCAUCUGGUGAAGCUGUGGGACUAUAAGGAGGGCACGGUGACUCACGUGGGAGUGGGCCACAGCGGCAACAUCACCCGCCUCAAGAUCUGCCCCGCGAACAAGUACAUGGUGAGCGUGAGCGCGGCCGGUGCCGUCCUCAUCUGGAAAUAGCCCAGCUCGGGCUGACAGCCGGUGCCGGAGCUGCUGGGCUGCUGCUUCCCCGGCCGGCCCUGGAAAUGCUCUUCUCUUACCACUCAGUUUGUUGUCAAUCGUUUGUUCUGUUAGAGUAAACAGUAUAUUUCUGCUCCCUGGUAUGCAUUUACCAGGUCCUUAGAUACCCUUUCUAGCUCAAUUUUUUUCAGGGGAGCUAAGAAUUUGCUGUUUGUUUUGGAUUCAUCACUUCCAAAAAUCACCUUGGCAGUCGUUGUAACAGUUUGCGUUGUUCCUGCCGCCUUUCCUGCCCGUCUCAGCAUCAUCUGCCUUGUACGUCUACUCAUUUGUGGGCUCUCUCUUGCUUUCACAUGGUCUCUCUCUUCUGUGCACUCUCCUGUCUCUUAUUUAAUGAAUAACUUGUUGUUUCAAUUCAGUCUGCUGUGUUUAGUGCAGACAGCAGUGCAGGCAGUGGUGCAGACAGGCGUGGAGACAGUGGUGCAGGCAGCGCACAGGCAGUGGAGCAGAGAGCGGAGCAGGCAGCGCACAGGCAGCGCACAGGCAGCG